AGUCAUAUUCCUCCAAAUUCCUCCGAUAAUUGAUAAUGGAAAACCUGGCUUGCACUGUCGGUCAAAGUCUUAUUUCUUAUACUAUGGAUCUUCUCUUUGACAAAUUAAUCUCCUGUGAGGUGAUCAGUUUUGCUCGCAGAGGAAAACUCUACUCUGAAAUCAACAACCUCCGGAACAUUCUGCUCAAGAUCCAAGCCGUUCUGGAUGAUGCUGAGGAGAAGCAAAUUUCUGAUCGGUCGGUCAGGAUCUGGCUGGACGAUAUCAGGGAUUUGGCCUACGAUUUGGAAGACUUGUUAGAUGAGUUUGCUACUGAAAGUUUGCGGCAAAACUUGAUGAGAGAUUCUCAGCUCAUGAAAACCAAGGUACCGCACAUAAUUUUUUCGUUCAUUUUGAAUAUGAAAAUGGGUCUCAAGAUUAAGAAAAUAGCUGAAAGAUUUCAAGUUAUGGUGAAUGAAAAAGAUAACCUCAGGUUGAAAGAAAUUGGGGUUUUUAAUCCAGGGAGGGUUAGUUUAAUCAAAGAAAUUUUGCCAUCUACUUCUUUAGUUAUUGAAUCUCGUGUUUACGGUAGAGAAAAAGAUAAAGAGAAGAUUGUUGGGAUGCUGAUGAAGAAUGAAAAUGGAGGUGGUAGUGGUGGUGAUGAUGUUUGUUUGAUCUGUAUUAUUGGUAUGGGUGGGGUUGGCAAAACAACUCUCGCCCAGCUUGUUUAUAAUGAUUGUAGAAUUAAUGAGUAUUUUGAUUUGAAAGCUUGGGUUUGUGUGUCUUAUGAAUUUGAUGUUGUAAGGAUAACAAGGACAAUUUUAGAAGCAAUCACUAAUGAGAUUUUCAAUUCAAGUGAUUUAAACUCACUUCAAGUAAAGUUGAAAGCGAGUUUAUCUGGGAAAAAAUAUCUGAUCGUGUUGGAUGACGUUUGGAAUGAGAAUUACCUACUCUGGGAUGCUCUAAGAAGUCCCUUUUUACCAGGGGAUGUUGGAAGCAAAAUAAUUGUUACAACUCGUAAUGAUGGUGUUGCACAAGUUAUGGGAGCUGUUGAGAUUUACCGCGUAAAUUUGUUGUGUGAUGGUGAUUGUUUUUCUUUAUUUACACAACUAGCAUUGGGACGUAGAAAUCUUGAUGAGCAGCGAGAACUUAAAGAGAUUGGUGAGGAGAUAGUGAGAAAAUUUCAGGGGUUGCCAUUGGCAGCAAAAGUCAUGGGAGGCCUAUUGCAGAACAAAUUUGAUCGUGGUGAAUGGGAAGCUGUUUUGAAUAGCAGGAUGUGGGAUUUUCCAGAACAGAAAAUUGGCAUUCUUCCAGCUUUGAGAAGGCUUUUCUCCUACACCAAAGGGGAAAGAAACUAGUGGAAGAUGUGGGAGGCCAUUAUUUUAAUGAAUUAUUGGCAAGGUCAUUUUUUGAACGAUCUAAGAGCAAGGAAUCGCUGUUUGUUAUGCAUGACCUUAUAAAUGAUUUGGCAAAAUCUGUUGCGAAAGACAUA